CUCAUCAACUAUAAAGGGAGUUUUGAAGGGGUCUUAUACGGCUUGGCCAUAUGAUUUAAAGAAAAUACAAUCAAGACUCUCCCAACCCAAAGGGACAUUCCCGGUGCAGGGAAGUUUUCUCCUAAGAAAGGAUCUAAUGUAUCUCAAACGUAACGGGUCUAGCCUAAUGAAAAUGACUUUAUUUUGCAGAACAAUGAUGUCAAGUUCGAACCCAAUUUCUUUUCCUCCCUCACAAUAUUUUUUGUUCAAAGAUCCCUUCCUCACCAAUUCUAUUUUUGGUAAAUUCUCUACUUCUUUCUAGUUUCUAUUUUUGGCAAAUUAGGUGCAAGGCCUUAUGGAUGUGGAAAAACUCUGUACGAAGAAAAAGUAGAGCGAAAAUCCAAUAUGGAGGACGCGAAGAAGUGUUUAGAGCUGACGCCGGACGAGUCAGAGGCCGUGUCACGAGUCGUCGUUCCAGAAAUCCGAGUCGGAAAAGAGCCGAGUUUGUACGAUAUUUUCGCUACGACAGGCAUCCGAGUCGACCGAGUCGAACCCGGAUUCGCCGUCUGUUCUUUCAAGGAUAAAGAUGGAAAUCUGUCUAAUGGUGCAAUUGCAAACCUUGUUGAUGUAGCUGGUGCUUCUCUUAUUUAUGUUAUGGGUCUCCCCAUGAACGUUUCAGUGGACAUGUCCAUCUCCUAUGUGUCAAAGGCGAAGAUUGAUGAUGAGUUAGAGAUCACCUCAAAAAGGUUAGGACAAAAAGGCGGUUAUUCAGGAACAUCAGUCCUGAUGAGAAACAAAGCAACUGGGGAGAUUGUAGCCGAAGGUCGACAUUCAUUGUUUCGUUCAGCUGCUGCUAGCAAACUCUGAGUCCUUUCCAUUUACAACUACAAACCAUGUAUGAAGCGAACUCUCCAUAUUAGGGUUGCUUUUCUUUUUGUAAGUAUUCAUUUAUUUUUUAUUUAAUAAAAGAUAGGAAUGUUAGAAGGACAUAGACCAAAUAACCAAAUUGUUGGCCUUGUAAUGACUUGGAUUCUUUUUUAUUUCAAACUCCUGCAUGCAUUCACACCAGAUAAAAUGAGACAUAUUACAUCCGAU